AAUGUUUCUUACAAUGAACUUUUAGGUGGACAAAUUGCUUUUAAAAUGUGUGCCUGUUAUACGGAGAAUAAUUUUAGUUGUCCUUAUCAAGAAAAUAGCUUUCCGGAUUGUGGUGGGCCUCCUUACGAAGAUAAUAGCCUUCUGAAUCCUGUUGGGUCUCCUUAUGAAGAUAAUAGCCUCCUGAAUCCUGUUGGCUCUCAUCAAGAUAAUAGCUUUCUGAAUUCUGGGGUGCCUGCUAAUCAAGGUAGUGGCUUUAUGAAUUCCAGUGGGGGAUCUCCUUAUCAAGGUAGUAGCUUUCUGAAUUCUAGUGGGUCUCCAUAUCAGGAUAUUGGUGUGUCUCCUAAUCAAGGUAAAGGCUUUCCCCAGUCCAAUGCGUCUCAAAAGAAUUAUGAUGAGCUAAAAUUCUCAAAUGUGGUGGUGCCCAGCUUUCUGACCAGUCGUGUGAAACCAAAGCCGAAAGCAAAACCCAAAACUUGUCCCAAUAAAAAAAAGUGUUGUCAAUGCAAAGAUGUUGGAUGUAAUACUUGUGAGCCACCUAACUUUGAGUAUCCCCCCGUCUGCAAAUGUUGUGGUCAGCUAACUGGUUUUCCUGAAUUUCCAUCGGUGUGGUCUUCCCCUGAUGUUUUUGUGAAUCAAUUAAAUCCCGCUCCAAUGAAUCCACUGAAUCCUAUAGAUGCUGACCCGUCAUUACAGAGACUUCGACCGGCUGGUUUACCUAGCAAGAAAUGCCCACCCUUUGAUCCCUGUACAGGCAGGGAAUUAUGGAACCCAAUCCAAUCAGCACCGCGAUUACCCGGUCCUCAAUCUAUACCAGCAUCAUUUCCACUGCCAGGAAUGAAUAACCCGUUUGCUCCUAAUAUACAGUUUGGAUCAGAUCCCCAAUUGCUCCUAAGCAGAUGCAGCUGUCCACCCUGUCCUUCAUGGCCAGAUAUGCAAAGUACGCCAAAGAAAACCUCAUCGGGGAUCAGCUUAGGCAAAUCCAAGGGCAAGAAUAAAACCUCGAGCACUAAUGCCCUUGGCAAGGCCAAGAACAAAGUCAGAAAAACCAACAGCUAUACCCAAGACAAAGGCGUGGACAAAGUCCUAUGGCAGCGAGGCGACAAGAGAUCAGCAUCCGCAGGCCCGAAGCAAAAUGAUUGUUGUAAUUGUUGCAGUGCAAACAGCAAAGGGCCCAAUACAGCAAAGAAGACCACACCUGAUUAUCCUACGACCAAAAAGGUGCCCUCCAAAAAUGCCGGUGAUGGCAGAAAGGUCACCAACUCGCCGUCGGCUGAUAAGAAUAAGUUCGGCAAGCCCAGCAACAAUAAUAAGGGCAAACGACAGGGUAACAAUGAGAUUCAAGUUGUCAACUGCUGCAAUGCGAGUCCUGAUCUCAUGACGCGCAUUUGUAACUCGCUGCAAGUUCCACGUCCACCGGAAAGCUGUUAUCUCUUGCUGCCAAUUACAAUGUCCACCAAGGGUAGAGACAAUGCCGGGCAAAAUGCCAAAGGUAAUAAUCAAGGCGCCCAAGAAUACAAUCCUGCUGCCGGCUAUGGCAAUAGUGGACCCGAAUACAGACCCCAAAACGAAUGCGUACCACGCACUAUGCGCAACUGUGGUUGCAAUACGGAAAUCCGUGGAAACUCACAGAACAGGAAUAUUGAGGGUGGAGCUGACAAUGUCGGAGAUGAUAACAACAAUGCCAAUGGCUCCGGUUGUACGUCUGGCUGCUGUCGGUGGCCACGACGCGCCUGCUACUAUAAUGCUUAUACGGGUCGCUAUUGCUGGUACAAUAGCUGCUGCUGCUCCAAUGGCUGUUCCAACGGCUGCUCCAAUGGCUGUAGCAAUUCCGCCGGUGCUUGCUGCCCCUUGCCAGCCAAGUCUCAGCAGUCAAAACCAAACUCAAAGAAGGAUGGUAACAAAUCACCGAAAAGCCAAUCAGCGCCCAAAGACGCCACGAAGAAAGACGAUCGCUUCAUGGCCGGAGAUGUAGCGCCAUUCCAGCCGGAAGGCGAAGAACAGGUCAAGCCUUGGAUGGGAUACAAUCAGUACGUGAACAGCAGCGGCCCCAGUGGACUUAAUUCGUUCAUAUCUUUCUCGCCCACAAGGCCACCAUCUCCGGGCCACGCCAGUCCGCCUUAUAUGUCCCAACAACAGCUGCAGCAGCAGCAACAACAGGAGCAACAACAACAGCAGCAGCAGCGGCGAGGAUUUAAGAACUCCGGAUCGAGGAUACCGUCGAUGAUGAUGCCACAACCACAGGCGACGAACAUUGACUGGGCGCCACUUUAGAGCUUUUAAUGAUGACCACUCGAUAAAUUUGAAAGUGAAAUAGGUUUAAAUAUAUAUAUCAGAUUCCGUCUACCAUGUUACAGAGCUAGAAACCUAUCGGUAGUUUUGAUAGUUUCGCUCAACCAUAUCAAAUCUAUCGAUAGAGCAAUAUCUCCGUUUUACAAAAUUGUAUAGUUCAAAAAUAAAUUGUUUUAAAAACCAAA